AUCUAAAAUGGCCGCUAAUGUGGAAAUCCAGGAUUUGAUGUUUAGUGAAAUAUCUUUUUUCAAACACUAUUCUUUCUUAAUUUUCGUGCUGUAUGAUAUGUUUUGCAGUUGAAAUUUGAUGUUUACAACCCGCGCAAUUUGAAAUGUCUGAACUUGACCUGGAUGAUGCAAUUGCAUCUAUUUUAGCUGAUAGUGAUGAAGAUGCAGGGACUAAGAAGAAGAAACCUUCAUCUAAGAAAAAGAAUUCAAAAUUGUUGUCAUCAAAAGCUUUGACAUCAAGUGUGAAUGAUGAAGAGUUUUACAAGAACUUAAGUAAAAUAUCUGAAGAACAAGAAAAUGAGAAACAGGAGGAUAUUAAAGUAACAGAAGAAGAUGCCAAGAAAAUGGCUGGUAAUCUUGCUGGUCUUGAUGACCUGGACUCAGAUUUGCUUGGUUCUUUGGGUCGGAAAAAAGUGGCCUCGCCUAAAGAAAGAGCUGGGAAAGAUGCUGAAAUAGAGAAACAUGAAGAAAGACGAAGGACAUCGUCAGGCUCUCUUCAUCGCAAGGGAUCUGUCACACCUUUUAGUGACGAAGAGAUUGGUGUUCUUGACAACAACCUGAUGAUAAGCGAGGAAGAAGAUGAUGUCUUGAACAGCAGUAUGAAUAGUUCUACAUCAAAACAUCGCAAAGUCUCACCAAACAAGAUAUCUCCAAGAGUUAGCUUGGAAAACAUGCCUGAAGAUACCAAAGGAAAGAAGCCUGUGGGUAAAAAGAAGUCAAAAGAAAUAGAUUUCGACUCAGAUUCUGAGCUUCCUGGUUUGGACAGCAAAGACACCACUGAUAUUAAAAGAAAGAAAAAGCCAUCAUCCAGAGGUAGAAAAUCAAAGAAAACAGCUGACGAAGAUCUGUUCGGAGAUGACGAUGAUCUUCCUGAUCUUGAUUGUCCUACGAAAUCAGAGAAGCCUAAAGCAGCGUCUGCCUUGGAUAAUCUGAUGGGCAAAAAAUCUAAAUCUUCCACAUCUGAUAGAAAGAAGUCAAAACCAGCCUCGCUUGAUGAUUUCAUGGCUAAAGUUAGCACAAGCAGUAAAACCCCGUCAAAAUCAGAAAUUCAAAGUCCUGUGCGCAGUCCAACAUCCGAAGAAACAUUCCAGUUCGGAGGUUAUAUGCCGAGCUCAGCGGGUGGACGAAGUUCCAGCAGAAGCGCUCGUCCUGAUUCAGACUUCGGCCGGAGAUCUGUGAAGUUCUCAGAUGAUCUGGGAUUAGGCGAUGAUCUGUUUAGUUCAAGAAAACGUCCAUCCACCGCUCCAAGUGGGCGAAGAAAGAAUGAAGAGACAAAAGAUCCUCUGAAUAACACCUUCACACCUUCAUCUAGUAAAGACAAAGGAGAUUGGCUUGGUUUGGAUGAAAAAACUGAUAGUCCAAGAGAAGACGAAGAUCUCCAAACAUCGUUACAAGGUUCUAAGACCAGCACAUCAGGUGAUUGGUUAGGAUUGGGUGAUGACGUGGCCGAUGAUCAAUUAAACGAUGGUUUAACGAAGAGUCUUGAUUCUGACACACAAGAACCUUCCAGCACUGCGCCAGCUCUCGCUAAAACUCCGCAGGCAAAGAAAGAUGACGAACUAUCAAAAAUGCUGGACCUGGUUCCUGAUGAACAGAAAGUCGAAAGUGAUGACAAAUCACUGUUCCCGUGGGAGGGUGGUAAGGGCAGACGUGGUCGAAGAACACCCAAAGAAGAUCAAACUGAAGUUCUUUCACCCAAAACAGACUCUGAAGCAAAAACUGACAAAACUCUGGAUAAAACCAUCGACAAACCAAAAACUUCGACACCAACAGACACCUCCAGUUCGAAUCAAAAUGAACCCACGAGAGAAGAAAUUAGAAUUUCGAAUAUACAUUCGUUGCCAAGCUCACAGCAGCCAGGCAGAGUUUCAGAUCCAGUCUCCUCUGAUAGAACUCCACAACCAAAUCACGUGCGUUCUGCGGCCGAUGAUCCUGGCCACGUCAAUUCUCAACGGACUGGUUCUAAUGCGCCUCGAUAUCGUUCAGAAAUCAACAAAGAGAACUUUGGGGUGGAGUUGAAGGAAAUGAUUGGGAAAAUACAGGAUGUUGAAAAUGAAAAAUAUAAAGUAGAAAUGGACAUGGCGAAUAAACUGGCUGAGUUAGAAACAAAGAUCCGACGUUUAGAAGUCGAGAACGACAGUUUAAAACAGAGUUUAGAACUGAACAAGGAGCGGAAUAAAGAGGAAAUUUCUGCGAUCCAAAACUCUCAUCGGAAUCGUGUGGAAGCACUGGAGGAGUCCUACCAGCGUCGUGAAGCCAGGGAACGAGAGGAGACGGAGAAUCUGAUCUCAAAACAUAAAGAUACUGUGAACCAAUUAGAGCGAGAGAGAGCAGACCUUAAGGCUGCGCAUGCUCGCAAGAUCUCAAGCCUUGAAUCGAAUAGAUUGGCUGAGGUUGAGAGACUCACUGAGACACAUCGUCGUGUCCUAGAUGAACUACGCAGCGAGCAUAACGCUGAGAUUAAUCAUCUGAAGAGAAUGAAAGAGGAAGAAAUAUCAGCGACGAUGAAGGCUUUCGCACACACCAAGUCAUUGCAGGGCCUCAUGCAACAAGUCUCUAAUUCAACAAAACAAAUCGAAGACAUGCAUCAUCUGGUGGAGUUAUCUUACAAAACUAGUCAACAAGAACGAGAUAUUACCAUUAAAAACAAAGACGAAUAUCUCAGUCAGCUUCAAGAACGGAUCUUAAAACAACAGACUGAAAAUGACGAGGAACGAACGAGAUUACAGAAUCUUGUCGCGAAAAUGGAAAUACAGAUGCGGGAACAGAGUAGAAAAUACGAGGAGGACAAGUGGAAGUUGACUCAGGAGGAUUCGAGGUUGAAAUCACUGCGCAUGUCUCUCGAGGAGGAGAGACGCAUCACGCGGGAACAACUCGAAGCAGAGCGUGGUUUAGUUCAGAGGACUAAAGAAGAGUUUUUAUCUCAGCAACGUCAAACGAUGGCGGACAUGAAUGAGGAGAGAAGGACAUUGGCUUUAGAAAGAGCUGAGGUGAAUUCUGCUCAGAGAGGAAUGAUUAAUAAAGAAAAAUUAAAACAUGAUAACUUUACCAAGUUUGACGCCGAACAAGAAAGCGCCAGAGUUCGUCUGGCUGAAGAUACGGCUGCCUUAAAUGCAAGAGAGGAGCAAUUAAGACGGGAUCAGGAGGAAUUCAGGAGAGAGAAGAGGAUAUUUAUGGAUAAACAAGACAAAUGGAAUACAGAGAAGGAUCGUAUUGGAAGACUGGGACUGGAGCUUGAGAAGCGUGCCCAGGAGAUUGACGAAAUAAGCUUGGAGGCAGCCAAGGUUGGUGAAGAUGGGAGAAAUUCUUUGGAGCUUGCACAGCGAAUGCAAGUCGAGAUAUCUCAACAAUCAAAUGAAGUGGAAACCAGAGUGUUGUUGUUACAAGAGAAAGAACGGCAGAUUGCUGAUGAAAGACUAGCAGUUCUGAAAGAAAAGAGAGAGUUGGAAAUGGAAAGACGACGAGGGUUGUGUGCUCGUUGUUCCCGCGGUGCUCUGCUACAAAGUGACUCAAAACGAGCACCAGAGUCAACCAGAGCCAUUCAUUCAUCAGAUUCCAAUCUCUCAUCACACUUCAUCACAACUGAGGAGCUAGUAUCCAGUCCUCUUCCUCCAAGAACAAGUCCUAGCUUGGCUCCAGACCUCUUGGCUAAUACUCUUGAUUUAAAGAGAACUCUGCGUCGUUGCUCGCUAGAUAAGGAACAGGACGAGGAAUUUUUGGCAAAGGAAUCGGAAUUUCUUAACAACCUCCAAGACUUGAGAUUACGUCCAGUGCAUGGUACCUGACCUUGGGGAUAAUGUCGGUGGCUCUUCUCGUUCGGGCUGAUCUUAGCCGGAACGUGGAUUAACAGGUGGAUAAUCUUUAAACCAGAUCGGUUAAACCAGGAUCUGUCUCUCGGUAUUUCGAAUUCGUGGGUUCACAAACCAACCACGUCGUAAUUACUAUUGAUCAAACAACAGCUGUGUUCCCACAGCGUGGGUGAAUGGCUGAAUUAUGACAGUAUGGCGCCCUUUCAUUCAAAGACCAAAUACAUUGAAAACCAUUGUUAUUGCGACUUGCAAGUUGCAACUUUCUCUGAAUUGUCGCACGAACAAUCGUUUAAUUAACAAGAAUUACGUGAACAAUCGUUUAACUAACAAUAAAUCGUGAGGAAAUUGUGAGGAAGAAGAGAAGUAAUGAUUUAAAAAGGGAAUAUUGUUGUCGUGUAUCUACUAGAUUAUUGAAUGUCUAAUUAUGAUAGAAAUCUACCAUGCUGUGAUUACUAUGGUGAUCUAUAAGCCCACAAACUGUAUUCAUACAACGUGGGAGGAACCUACUCGGAAGAGAAAAUUGUAGUUGACCAAACCGUGGACAAACAAUAAUUUCCUUAAGUUUGGAUAUCCUCAAUCGAUUCCGUACAAGCGGAGCUAUAUUUAUGUAAAGAUGUAUAGAAAUUCAUUUGUUUCAAAACCAGGAUACAAGGUCGUAUUUUGCACAUCCAGGGUUGGCAUUUAACCUCUAGGAUUGAGUCAAUUUGAAUACAAAAAUUUACUGAUUAAAACAUGGCGUCAUAACCAAAUACAUUCGUGAUCUUUUAUUUACUUAAAAUUCACAAUGCCUUUUUCUUUUGGACUGAAGCAUUUCAAUCUGUCUGGGUAUGGAUGUUUAUAAUGCGCGGUAUUUGUUAAAGCUUAUCUUGUAAUCAUAUUUAAUCAAUUACUAGUCAUUAUCACCUUUUAAAGGAAACAGGAAAUUGUGUCAGUUCGCUUUCAAGACGGAAAUCCUAAAAUAGAGCGACUUAAAUUUAUCUAGAAAUGUUCCCAUGAAAUUGAUCGUUUUCGUUGUGCUUGUUGUAAUGAUAUCAUUAGCCGUUUUCCUCUUUGAAGCGGACCAUUUAUCACAGUGCUCUUGGUAACUGC